GCACAAGAAUUCUCCUGCAGUGUUCAUUUAAAAACGAGUCGUUAAUUAAAACAAUAGAAAAAAUGGCAGCUAAGUUGAUCGUGUUCGCCGCCUUGUUCGGGCACCUGGCACUAGCCUACCCGCCUACGAUCUUCGAGCACAGCAGUUUCGAGCACCAUGACGACCACCAAUACGCGCACGCACCCACUCCGUACCACUUCGAGUACGCCGUGAACGACCCGCAUACCCACGACAUCAAAAGCCAUCACGAAUCGAACGACGGACACGGAAACGUCAAAGGCUCGUACAGCCUUCUGGAAGCCGACGGUUCUACCAGAGUGGUCACAUACACCGCUGACCACGAACACGGUUUCAACGCCGAGGUGAAGAAAAUCGAAGCACCGGCUCACCAUCAUUACGAAACACCGCACGUCAUCAGUUACCAAGAGCCAAUCGAUCAUUCGUACAAACCGUCUUCGCUGCACCAAUACUGAUGAUGGCACCUGCAGCUGCACGUCGUYGCCGUCUCAUCAUCAUACAGACGCCAUCGUUUCGUGUAUAAUAUUUUCAUUUUAAUACCUUCUGUAAUAUAUUUUAUUUUUUUAAUAAACCGCCGUUCAACACUA